AUGUUCAAGAAAAGGGUAGUGAAAGGAAAGAAAAGGCAUAUAGGCGAGGGAGAGUUAGCUAGCAUACAAGAUAAUGAAGGAUCAAUAGCGGUAGUUAAAGUGCACAAGAAAAGAGCACCUGUUGAGGCUGAUGAUAAAGCUCCAAUUACAUUGCCACAGAGAAACACAGUAACAGAAAUAGGAGGGGAUGCACCACGAGAAGAGCAUUCAGUGAACAACUUUGCCAAAUUCAUAACCCCAAGCGCUAAUAAGCCAAUGUCAAAGUCGGCUACUAACAUUAAUAGUACAACAACUAUCGAUUUUCAACCAGAUGUUUGCAAGGACUACAAACAGACAGGUUACUGCGGAUAUGGUGACACUUGUAAGUUUUUGCACCUGAGGGAUGAUUUCAAACAGGGAUGGAAAUUAGAUAGGGAGUGGGAAAAUGUCCAAAAGAAGAAGCAUAAUACUCUCAAAGGGGUUAAGGAGAUCCAAAUGUUUAAUGAAGAUGAGCUCAAAGAUAUCCCGUUUAAAUGCAUUAUAUGCAAAGGAGAUUACAAAUCACCCGUGAAAACUUCUUGCAAUCAUUAUUUUUGCGAACAAUGUUUCCUGCAACGGUCAAGAAGAAAACCAAAUUGUAUUAUAUGUGGCAGAGACACUUUAGGAGUUGCUUUACCAGCAAAGAAGUUGUCCCAAUUUCUGGCUAAGAUACAUAAUAAUGAAAGUAAUAAAGUUUAG